AUGUUGAGGGUCACAGCGGGGAGUCGAUUGCUCGUCUGGCCACUCGCUAGGCGAAUGGCUAUAAAGAUGGCCCCGGUGCGACUACUCCAAAGAAUAUCUGAGACUCAGCCCUCCAAUGCAAAGGAUGAUGAUGACGCAGAACAGAAGUCCGUUCCAUGGUACUUACAAACGGAUAGGUCCACUUUGCUCAAUAGACCCAACAAGCUGAUCCAGCAGGGCAGCAGCAGUAUCGAGUACCCGAACCAAUCUCCAGCUUCGCUGAGGGUUAUAGGGAGUUAUCUGACCGAUGAGUUGGGGCUCACGGACGUGUUGAUAUUUGAUAUGUCCAGUGGGGAGAGCGAUGCUGAGCGCACAACGGCAAGUGCCAAGUUCUGCAAGUAUAUGGUCGUGUCUACGGCACUGUCGUUGAAACACUGCGCCAACAGCUUCGUCUCUUUGAACCAAAUGGCAAAGGCACAGUUCGGACACCCUCUCGAAGUGGAGGGCAGGUUGAACCCGAACGACUUGAAGAAACUGCAGAAGAGACUGAACAGGAGGAGCAAACUAUCGACAAAGAGCACCACUGGUCACGACAGGAAUUCAAAGGAGGCAUGGUACAUGAUCGACUGUAAAAUGGACGGGAUCAUCGUAAACAUACUUACGGGGGCAAGACGCCAAGAGCUGAAUUUAGAGGAACUAUACGCACCAGCAGAGGACAAACACAAGUAUACGAGAACAGAGGAUACGCAGAAUGAAUCCGGUGGUGGGGACGAAGAUCUUGCCGGUAACAGCAUUUUGACCGGGCUGAGACGGCUCGCCCAGCAACGGAGACAGUAUUCUACUACAAGUGCCAGUAAGGAAACUUUACGUGGAGAGUUUCAAAGUGCCUUGGAUAGACGCGAUUUUGAGGCCGCCCAUGCCCUCGUGGGUUUCUUGAACCAAUUGGAACCACCGUUGACUCAAUUGGUACAAAUUACGGACUUUUUGUCAAGAGCCGAUGCAUUCUCUGAGGUUGACGUGGAAGCGCUAAAAGGUCUCUUUGACAAAAUCUGGCCAUCGGUGAUAAUAGGGGAUGCGUCAAAGUACUGGUCUACCAGAUUCCAGUUCCUAAAGUAUUUGAAUACACUUCGCCCCAAAGAAUAUCAAAUAACAAGAUUUUACAAAGACUUCUUUCUCCUCCAAAAGGCAAGGGGCACUGCCCCACGAGGGGAGGACCUAGUUCAGAUGUUGAAGCAAGUUAUCACCAACAACAAUGCGAACCCGUCUACUCUCUCACAGGGGAAGCACACCGUCUUCAAAAUUGUGCAACUUUACGACAACGAAUCUAUCUUGCACGACAAUACAGUGAUAGAUUUACUCAUUGGGACGAUGACAAAUCCCACCAGAAAACAGAACACCGCUAGCCUGUUCGAAGUUGUCGAUUAUCUCUUAGAUAGCCAGCACGGUAUUUUACCACCCACCACAAUCACAGCCUUGCUCAAAGCGAUCGCGGCAACGAAACAAUGGGACAGACUCCUGAAAUUCUGGGAGUUUGAUUUGAAGGGUGUCUCCGUGGACAGCGACUACCGGCCAUGGCCUGAAUUUCUCCAGUUCAUCAUCGACUCGAACAACGGACAACUCUUGCAGAAAGUGGUCACCGAAGGGCACCUUCUGUGGCUGAAAAGAUACAACGUCCCCAUAACGAACACAAUUAGAGACCAAAUUGUCGCUAUAUUCACCCGUGUGGACCCAGAGGACAAGAACUUUGCCCAUUUGAAGAAAAGUCUCAUCGCACUUUAA